ACUGGUACCAUUGGGCAAGCCGAAGUGAGCGAGUCGAGUCUGAGCACAAAAAUGUCGUUCACUCUCCGGAGCGUGAAGGUCCCGCCGAACUCUGUGUCUCUCGACGAAGCUCGUCACCGAGUCUUCGAUUUCUUCAGGGCCGCCUGCAGAUCCAUCCCUACAAUCAUGGACAUCUACAACCUCCAAGACGUCGUCGCCCCUUCCCACCUCCGCUCCGUCGUCGCCGCCGAGAUCCGCAAGCACGCCUCCGUCACCAACCCUAAGGUCAUUGAUAUGCUGCUCUUCAAGGCAAUGGAAGAGUUAAAUAACAUCACUGAGCAUGCAAAGCAGCGGCACCACAUCAUUGGCCAGUACGUUGUGGGUCGCGAAGGGCUCAUGCAGGAUACAGGUGCAAAGGACCAGGGCGCCUCUAAUUUCCUCAAAGAUUUCUACAAGACCAAUUACUUUUGAACCAUCCAACAUUCCUUGAAUGCGCGCUCGUGAAUUUUCUUUUGGGUACUUCCUAAAUAAAGAUGAACUUGACGAAGGUUUUGUAUCUUUGUUGAAUCGGAAAGUAGAUCGUUAAGCUCACAACAGAAUUUCUGUUAUGAAGUAACUAUUGCUUUAAAAUCAAGAACAUGGGCAUCAA